CUGAGUCUUAGGGGAGGGGGCCGGGGCCUGAGGGGACAGGGCCUGGACCUGGGCCUGAGGGGAGCAGGAGGGGCCCAGCCCAGGGGAUGCCCGAAUGGCCCCCUCCCGUGUCAGUAAAUGUUCCCUGUCCCAGCCCGGUGCCGUGGUUCUGUACAGCUGUUGCUCCUCCACGGCAGCAGGCGGAGGCCGUGGCAAGCAUGCCCCGUGAGCCCGCUGGGUGCGGCUGCUGGGCUGUGCCCCGUGGGGCUGUGACCCCUCAGUGCCACUUGUUUUGCCCCUGGGAUGCCAUACGCAGUGGGAUAUCUGUGGCCACUCCCCCUCCCCUUUGUCACACUGCCCUAAACCCCACCGGGCCGGCGCUCGAUCCUUGGCGACAGGGACAGGGCCCGGCCUGGAGCUGCGUCAGGGGAGGGGCAGGUGGGGGUUAAGGAGAGGAUUGGCACCAGAGGGCGGUGACACGGAGCUCAGGGAGCGUUGGGACAGUGCCCUCAGAUACAAGAUUGGAGCCAGCGCUUGGAUUCUGUGAUCGCUGCGGGUCGCUUCCAGCUCAGGAUACUCAGCUUCUGUGAUUCUGUUCUGUCAGGAGACCCUCGGGAUCCGGAUGCAGAACGCUGCGUCCCCGUGCUGCGAUCACCAUGGGGCUUGGCAGCAUGUGUCUGCCAGCAUGAGCCGAGCCCCCGAUGGGGGCACGGGACGAGGCCAAGCCUGCGUCUGUUGCAUGCAGACAGGCACACAAAAGCUCCUGCUUGACCUCACUUUUCUCCUGUGCACCCAAGGCUGGAACACAGCGUAUGUGCAGGGUGGGGAUGUGCCGACGUCCCCUAGUUCUGGCAGCGAGUCUCCCUCCCCAUUCUGUUUCUCCCCAUUCAGGAGCUGCUGGGCCACCGCCUCCGUGCUUGCUGCAGGGGGACCUGCUUCCCGGAAGAUGGAACCCACGUCGGUGAGGACCAAAGUGCCCUCCUUCCUGUCCGACCUGGGGAAGGCCACGCUGAGGGGCAUCAGGAAAUGUCCCCGCUGCGGCACGUACAACGGCACCCGCGGGCUGAGCUGCAAGAACAAGAACUGCGGCACCGUCUUCCGCUACGGCACGCGCAAGCAGCCCGGCGUCGACGCCGUCAAGAUCAUCACCGGCUCCGACCUGCAGGUGUACUCGGUGCGCCAGCGGGACCGGGGGCCGGAUUACCGGUGUUUCGUGGAGCUGGGCGUUUCGGAGACGGCUAUCCAGACGGUGGACGGGACCAUCAUCACUCAGCUCAGCUCGGGCCGCUGCUACGUCCCGGCGUGCCUGAAGGCGGCCACGCAGGGCGUGGUGGAGAACCAGUGCCAGCACGUCAAGCUGGCCCUGAACUGUCAGACCGAGGCCACCCCGCUGACCCUGAAAAGCUCGGUGCUCAACUCCAUGCAGGCCUCGCCUGAAACUAAACAGACUAUUUGGCAGCUGGCCACCGAGCCCACGGGGCCGUUGGUGCAGCGGAUCACCAAGAGCGUCCUGGUGGUGAAGUGCAAGGCCAGCCAAAAGCACAGCCUGGGCUACCUGCACGCCUCCUUCGCCCAGAAGAUGAGCACGAAGUCGCUGGCGGAGCACAGGUUCUUCUGCUCCUGCCAGACCCUAAAGCCUGGCAAGGCCGCCUCGGCCAAGGAGGAGGCGGCGGCACAGAGGUGCAUUCACUUCUUCGCCUGCAUCUGUGCCUUUGCCAGCGACGAGAGCCUGGCCCAGGAGUUUGCCGACUUCCUCACCUAUGACUCAGGCGGUCUGAAAGGGAUCGUCGUCCCUCAGCUGGUGUGUGGCCCCGAGUCCACCGUGCAGGCCGGCGAGGCCGCCACCAAAGCCAAGAAGAGGAAAAAGGAUUUAACGCCCGCCGCUCUCCUUUCCCCAGGGCCUCUCCUGGCUCAGGACACGUCUGGCCUGAGGAGAAGCAGCCUGAAGAAGCCCACGGUUGCUGCCUCGCUGAAAAGGCAAGACAGAGCUGACGUCCCUCUCCUCUGCCUCGCAGGCUGUAACCAACUUCUGGACGAGUCGCAGGUGACCCUGUCCUUCCAAGACUGGCUGGCCAGCGUCACCGAGCGCAUCCAUCAGACCAUGCAUUACCAGUUUGAGGGCAAACCCGAGCCGCUGGUGUUCCACAUCCCACAGGCGUUUUUUGAUGCGCUGCAGCAGAGGAUAUCCAGCGGGAGUACCAAGAAGAGGUUGCCCAACUCCACUACAGCGUUUGUCCGCAAAGACGCCCUUCCCCUGGGGACCUUCUCCAAGUACACGUGGCACAUCACCAACAUCCUGCAGGUCAAGCAGAUCUUCGAUACGCCCGAGCAGCUGCCGCUGGAGAUCACGCGCAGCUUCAUCCAGAACCGGGACGGCACCUACGAGCUCUUCAAGUGCCCCAAGGUGGAGGUGGAGAGCAUCGCCGAGACGUACGGGCGCCUGGAGAAGCAGCCGGCCAUCCGCCCGCUGGAGCUCAAGACCUUCCUCAAAGUGGGAAACACCUCUCCCACCCAGAAGGAGCCCACCCCGUUCAUCAUCGAGUGGAUCCCCAACAUCCUACCUCACUCCCACAUCGGGGAGCUGCGCAUCAAGUUCGAGUACGGGCACCAGGGCGGCCGCCAGCCCCCGGCCUCCUUCUCCACCCAGCAGCCGCCAGCCCUGGAGCCCACGCUGGAACUCGCUCCGCUCACCACCAUCACCUUCCCCUGAGCUCCGGGGCCGCGCUCCUCCAGAACUGCCACCAUGGCCACGUCGGCCCGAAAGAGACAAAGAAACCAAGCACAAAGCUGCUGCCGCACCUGGAAAAAAUAAAAGUGCUGCUUACUGGGUGCACGCUGCUCCUCUCUGCACCCAGGAAAGCAAGCUGGGAGGGGCAGGGGGGAGCUGCACCCCUCCUUGCAGAGCACGCACCCACCCAGGGAAAGCCCCAGCUUCAGCCCAGAGCUGGAGGGGGUGGAAAUCAGUGCAAAGCGAGGACCUGGGGGGAGCAGAGAGCAGGGAGGGGGGGUCCUGCCACCUCCGGGGCACCACAGCCAGCACUUACCAAAAUCCAGCCACUCCAUGCAUCCUCCAGCAGAACCCGACUGCGUCUUCCCCGUGGAUGGAGGGGGGGGCACUGCCGGGCUCGUUCCCUCCCUCGGGUGGAUGAGCUGCACCUGGACUUGGGGGGAGAGAGCAGCCCAGGACCCCAAUUCCUGCAGGGAGGGGCUGCAGCCACCCCACCCCCCCAGCACCGCCCCACCACAUCCAUCUCCGCAUCCCACCCCCGCUUCCCGAAGGCAGCACGCGGGCGUUCGUACUGAAAUAAUUUAUUUUCUAACAAUCCGACAAUACAGAAGUAUACAUACACACGGCCAGGUCUGUCUAAAACACGUACUCUCUAAAAAAAAAAAA